AUGGCCAGAGCGGCGGGGACAAGGCUGGCUGCCCUGCCCUCUUUCCCCGACCCGCCCGCGGCCGUGCCUUCAUCCCGCAAAAGUCAAAAUUGCGUGCCAAGCCAAGACCUCCGCGCUCGAGGCGGAUCAUCCGACCUGGGCCCCGCGGCCUGCCCCCGGUCCAUCUGGAAUCCCCCUGUUCGUCCCGCGUUAUUGGCCAAAGCGUCAUCCGCUAGCGCACCCAUCCCUGCUACUGACCCUGGCUGA